AUGGACACCGCAAAAUGCACUUUUCCUCAACCGCCACCGGGUGCAGCUUUACACAGCACAACGAUGGCGGCCGACGUAAAGGUGGAGCUGGACGCGGGGGCGUUGAUGAGACGCAUGCAGGAGGCCGUCUACAAGGACAAGACCAAGGACGACAAGGAGGUGUGGGCCGUCAAAAACGAGCUGACGCCGGCCAUCAUCGAGGAGGUGAUCCGGAGAGCCACCCCGAUCAUCCGCGCUGAGCCGAUGCGCCUCGAGGUGAAGGCGCCGGUGUACUGCGUCGGCGACAUCCACGGCCAGUUCACGGAUCUGAUGCGCAUCUUCAAGAAGACCGGGUGGCCCGACGGGGAAUCGAGGCGCUACCUGUUCCUCGGCGACUACGUGGACCGGGGCCCGAACUCGUUGGAGUGUAUCGUUUUUCUGCUGCUCGUCAAGGUAAUCCAUCCAUCGGCCAUCUAUCUGCUGCGCGGGAACCACGAGUGCUCGGCCGUCAAUCGGGUGUACGGCUUCUACGAGGAGUGCUGCUCCCGGUUCCCGGAGAACCACGUCGGCCGCGGGCUCUGGGACCAAUUUCAGGACCUGUUCAACUGGAUGCCGAUGACGGCGCUGAUCUCGCGCCGAAUCCUCUGCAUGCACGGCGGCAUCUCCCAAUGUUGCAAGCUGAACGACAUCGAGCGCCCGGUCGACCCGUUUGCCGCGUGUCUGGCCGUCGAUCUGCUGUGGGCCGACCCGAGCCCCCAAAUGGCCAACGGACCCCUCGAUCCACUCUAUGAAGCAUCCGCCCGCGGCAUAUCACAUCAUUUUAGCAAACGGGCUCUGCAGGAGCUGUGCAAGAAGUUCAGCAUCGAUCUCGUCGUCCGCGGCCAUCAGGUCGUACAGGAUGGCUACGAAUUCUUUGCCCAUCGUCACCUGGUGACCGUGUUCUCGGCCCCGAACUACUGCGGCACGUUCAACAACUUUGGCGCGUUGCUGUACGUCGACUGGGAUUGCCAAUGCAGUAUGACGACGUUCCCGCCCGAUCCGCUGGCACCAAAAGGGAAAGGGCCCAAGGCGGCUGAGACGACAAUCGACGAGAUGGACAUUGACGACGGCAAGGAGGAGGGCGGGACGUCAGCUGCUCCCACCCGCCCCGAGCGAGUCAAGCAGGCUUCACAGGGCCCGCCAACGCCAAAGGCCAAAAGCCAGCGUCGCGUCUACGCGCAGCCCAUCGUUGUCGAU